AUGAAUUUGAGGGAACUUCAGGUGGUUGCCGCGUGUCUCGCCUCAAGGUUCGGGGCGUCAACCGUGUUUCCGCUCUUACAGCAACAAUUGGACAAAUCGGUUGAGUUUUCAACGCCAGUGACAUCGUAUCGAAGCCUACAAGAGGGUGUCUUUCUGCUUCGAAACGACUUCCCGCUGUAUUCAGGAGGUGUUGUUCACCAUCCGCCACUGCUAGUUGCAUUCAUGUCGUCCUUCAACAGUACGAAUCUGAUAUCGCUGCUGUACGCCUGUGCGGACGCGCUAAUUGCAUACCAGUUGAUUUCUAUGGCUAAGUGUUUCCGUAACUCGCCGCUGCCGGCCUGGGUGCCCGGCGCAGUAUACGUGAUUAAUCCGCUGGUGCUAUUGUCGUCGGUCUCCAAGUCGUCCGUGGUGUUUAGCAAUCUGGCCAUAUCUACCGCCCUCCUGAGUGCUUUACAGGGAAACUGCACUCUCGCAUCUGUAUCGAUUGCGAUUGCAGCUUAUUUGGCAUUAUAUCCACUACUGUUGCUGAUGCCCAUGCUGGCGAUAUUACAAAAAGACAAACUCAAGACCGUGGUUGUGACGGCUGCUACUCUGGCAAUGCUGCUGUUCUCCAGUUACAAAGUCAACGACGAAAGCUGGAACUACCUUUUUUCCACCUAUGGAGUGAUAAUAACAUUUAGCAAAAUCAUACCUAACUUGGGUUUGUGGUGGUAUUUUUUUGUGGAGUUGUUCGAGAUGUUCAUUCCUUUUUUUAAAGCCGUGUUCAACUUGUUCGUGAUCUCGUGUAUUCUACCCUUUUCCCUCCGUUUUUACAAGCAGCCUUUUUACGCCUUUAUCCUGUGUUUGAGUUGGAUAACGCUCACGAAGUCGUAUCCGACCCUAGGUGAUGGCGGUUUCCUGCUGAGUUUCGUGCCAUUUUUCAAGCCUUUAUUUGGAUACUUCAGGUACUCGGUCAUAUCCACUUUGCUGUUCAUUCAUGUUUCUGUGCUGUCACCGAUUUUCUACCACUUGUGGGUAGAUUUGGGCUCGGGAAAUAGUAAUUUUUUCUAUGCUAUUUCUCUCGUUUAUGCACUAGGUCUGGCUACGGUAUUGGUUGACUUAGUAUGGGCUAUGUUGAGGAUAGAAUACGAUAAAGGCAAACCCAAUAUCAAACUAAAGUUAACACCUGUUUAA